UCCAUUCUUCAACAUCAAGUAGGAUGUUUUCUUACGCUGUCCGAUCUUUUAAAGGUUAAAUUACGUCGUGGGCGUAGCGGCUCCUUGUAAUGGCGACCGUGCCGUAGCAGUGCCUAGGGUUUUGAAAAUGAAGCGGAGAAGAAGUUAUUUCUUUUAACUAACGCGCCUUGGUUCCCUCCUGGAGGACUUUGCGUCUGUCAGUGUCAUCAUUAUACGAGGCGAACUUAGCUGUGGAAUUCUACUUUUGUGCUCUCGAAAUGAUGAAGCUCAAGUCUAACCAGACUCGGACGUACGACGGAGACGGUUUCAAGAAGCGGGCCGCUUGCCUGUGCUUCAGAAGCGAGAGCGAGGAGGAGGUUCUACUGGUGAGCAGUAGUCGGCAUCCAGAUAAAUGGAUAGUUCCUGGAGGGGGAAUGGAGCCAGAGGAGGAGCCCAAUGUUGCUGCAGCUCGAGAAGUUUGUGAAGAGGCUGGAGUUAAGGGGACAUUAGGACGCUUAGUUGGAGUAUUUGAGAACCAUGAGAGGAAGCACAGGACAUAUGUCUAUGUGCUUAUUGUGACAGAAGUGCUGGAGGACUGGGAGGACUCAGUAAACAUUGGGAGAAAAAGGGAAUGGUUUAAAAUAGAUGAUGCCAUACAAGUGUUGCAGUGUCACAAGCCUGUGCAGGCCACCUACUUUGAGGCUCUUCAAGAGAGUUGCUUGAACACCAAUGGGACGCCUUUGGUGGCCACGAUAGGUGGCGACUUGUCCCCUACCUACAGCAUCAAUCAGAGCUCUGUCUCAGGUAUCAGAUAACUAAAACCACAGCCCUGAUGUCCCCUGGAGCUUUCGCUACCACUUGCUCUUAUAAUUGUGUAAUUUCUAUUAUCUUAUUUUGUCUCAAUGACAUGAUUUGCCUUGCCAACUCCUUUGUGCCAGAAUGUGGCACAGUCUUGAUGACAAGUGUUGGGUGAAUAGUCUGAAAACUUUGUAAAUGUAAUUUUAUGACCGAACUUUUUUUUUUUUUCUUUUUACUUACUGCAUGUCCCUUGGCUACCCUCAUUCUCUUUCCGAUGCGACCUUAGCGUGACAUUUUAUUGAAUGCAAGAACUACUUUUUACUGUUGUAAUGUAAAGUGUAUACCUAGUGCUUACGCUGAAGGCUCUUGGAUGUCUUUUAAUGUCUUUUUAUUUUUUUGUGAAUGAAUGUGCCCAUUAGUGUUUUUCCCUCCCUUCAAGCAUAGAGGUUUCUUCUAUCUGUCUUGCAUGAGCACUGUUCAGUGUUGACUUUCUGGGGUGAGCUGAUGCUGACUUGUGCUAAGGUUAUUCCUUACUGUGGUUGUUGUGGCUGUAAUCUAAAGGAUGCGGCCUUAAAAUGUCAAGAGUUUCUCCUAUUUGAGGAACUAGCCAUGCACUACUCUUCAGUGGAGCCUACUUGUUUUCAGCAAGAGUGAAAGAAUGUCAACACAGUGUAGAAUUAACCACAUUUUCACAGUGUCUUUACCUGUCUAAAUAAUUCUUGUUUUUAUUUUAACUAUAUGUGACUAUUAAGUCUUCCUCCACACUCAGAGAGGGCAGAAAUAGAUUUCUAACCAUGGACUUGCAGCACAUAUCACAUAAGUUAUUAAAACUGUUUCAAUAAUUAACUUUACACAUUCAUUUUUUAAAUUAAAAUGUUUACAUUAUUGUUUGACCUUAGUGGGCACUUUCAUUAUGAACACCUGUAUUUUAUUUUUACCCCUUGUUUAGUAUUUAAACUGCAUCCCCAAAACACUCAAACAUCAGUUUGACAUUGAAAGUAAUAGAAUCUAUAAUGCUGUUGUUUUGGCAAAAAUGCAGAUUAAACAGGCCUUGUACAGUUGGAGACCUUGUUUUUAACAUGUAAAAUGCUUUGGAUACUAUUUUGUUUCUUUAACGUCUGGCAAGUCUCUUCAGCCAAGCUGCUACAUGUGCCUUGGCAUGAAGUGGCUGGCUCAAUACUGUGAAACUGGAGGCUCUGUAGAUAGCAUGGAAGAGGUUUUUAUUAUAAAUUGUGUAUUUCUGUAUAGAUCAAAAGGUGAGUGCUAAGGACAGACACCUAUUACAUGUGUUGGUGCUCCGUGUCAUUUCAAACAAGGCUGAUGUACUAGCAAACAAGUGGCUUUGGAGUUUUAUUAGCACUACUUCUGAGGCUUAAUAAACAGGAAUGUGGCUGAAAACUCAUUGAUUUCAUCUAAAAUCUCUUAAAUUUAAAUGGCUCACAAAAUAAUGAAGUGCUUCAAAUACUGGAUCUUUAAUUUCAAAUGUAGGCUUCCUUAAAUCUGCUCCAUAAAAGAUUGACAGAUUCAGAUUGUGAUUGGUUGUAAUGAUAUGAACAGUAGUGACAAUUACAAUCUUUAUCAACUAGUUGUGGAGGUCAAAGGCUAGUGAUAAUGCCCAGAAACUCAUGAAACCACACAUUUAAAAUUGUGAUAGUGCAACAAAACACUGACAGGAAUUUUCCUAUUGUGAUUUGCAAGAUAUUGAAAGUAAUGCAGUUGACAUUUCAAAUAUCUUAAAUGCUUUAUACAUCCACUUCCUACAGAGUUAACUCAAGAAUUGACCCAAACCUUUGCCUCCAUCUCAUGGCUAAAACUGCAUUUUCUUUCAAUUAUUCCAAACCAUCUCACAUUGUACUUUCAGCCACAGACCUCAGCCUUGAAGUUACAUGUAAAUGCUGUCCAAUGUCACUGGAAUUGUUUUCAUUGUUUGUCAUUUGGGACUCUGGAAUGAAACCAGUGUGAGAAGACUGAAGAUUGUAAUAUAAAUGUGCCAACAAAUAAACACCAGUAUUUCACACUUCAA